UCGUUCGUUCCCUGCCAACUCCCGAAUGAGUAGAACUCCACAGACGGGUUCCCUGAUUUGCUAUCGAUGACAAUCUAAUCACCAGCGUCUAAUCCUCGACCAGUGGGAUGACGUCACUGCCUAGCAACGCGCUUGGAUACGGCGAACGAGCGGGAAUUUCUAGCUCUCGUGUUUGACCUGUUAUUACAUUCUGAAGAUCGCUACCUUUCUUCAUUGGAAGAGAUCUCGUAACUCACCUCCAGAAUUCACCAUGAACAUUCGUCAGCACAUUGGUGUCAUCUUUACCUCGGUGGGACUGAUACUGCUAAUGAUGGGAACUAUAACACCAGCGUGGACGUCACACCAGGUGGGGAUCUGGCCGUCCUGUCAUGAGAACACGACUGUAGAGUCUCCCGGCACGGCCGGACUGUGGGAGGAGUGCUCCAACAUGUCGGGCAGUCCCCAUUGGGUGUCUGUUGAUGCUUGUACGCUGUCUGAGUUCCACUACACUCCCAAUACCGACUGUCCCGCUAAGAUCCUGGACCGGGGGAUCAUCUACGCGGACACCCUUGACGCCUGUGCCGCGGCCUGCUGUAGAAACCCCAUGUGUCAGUCUUUCCAGUACAACUGUGCUCAGGUCUGCUACUUAAAGGAAGCGAAGUGUUCAAGACGACAGAAGACGUUCUCAGAGUGCGGCAACACGUACGAUCGUCCAGAAGCCCACUCGACGGCGUACCACAUCGCCCGGUUCUGCAUCAUGCUGUCCACCAUGCUGCUGCUGCCCGGCGCGUUCCUGGCCGUGUCCGCUGCCUGUAAGGGCGGCCUGGACACAGCCGUGGACGGAUACACCAUCUUUACAACCUUGAUUAUCUUUGGAGGGAUAGCUGGAGGCAUCGGAGCGGCCUUCUAUACGAUUGACCAUGAAUUGUAUGGCAUGGACGUUCCGUUUAGUGUCUCCUUCUAUCUCACGUGGGCACAGACCUUCUUCAGUGUUCCCGGAGGAUUCUUGAUCUGGCAAAGCACCAAGGACGAUGAAGACAUGGAAGCACCGAUAACAGAUAACAAGGAAGAUUUAGAGUCACCUUAACCCUCUAUACACCAAGCCUGGCCACGGAUCUAGGCUGAAUCACCUUAAUCCUUCACCACCCUAAUGCGGCAAAGAUGUGGAGUCGCUUUAACCAUUCAGCACCUAAAUCUGAGAAAGAACGUGUGGUCACAUUUAACCCUCCAUUACCUAAAUCACUACUGAAAGGCAUCAGCAGCCACCGACGUCCAAGAUUGUAACGUGAGGGAUAUCUCAAGAAAUGAACAUCGGACAGCUACUAUGUAAAACACAUCCAUGUACAUGUACAUGCGCGUAUGCGGGUAGAAUCAUGCGUUGUUCACCGAACAUCGAGGCGGAUACAGCUAUUUGUGUUCCAGUGAAUCGUAGCUCAAGCGUUUUCGGACAUCUAGAGGCAAAUUACCUCUACCAGGUGUGUAUAACUCACAGAAGGGAAUACCAGAUGGGUGCGCAUUGUUCUGUCCAUUUGAAUACAAGGACACUAAUUUUAUGCUUCGAUAAAAUAGAAAGAGAGUGAAAAUGCUGUAUACCCUUGUCUUGGAGUGUGGAUCUCACGUACAAGAGAACCAUGUCAACAUCUGUGAUAUGACUGGCCCAAAAUGUUCAAGAAAAACAUUAACAAAAUAGAUAAUUACAGGGACAUUUGUCCUCUACCAGUCACUGCAAUAGUGUGUCCGUCCAACUCUGUGCUACGAUGUGUGUUACAGAUGGUACAAAAAGCAUCAUUAGAAAUAGUCGCAAUGUGCUUUCCAGAAGCAGGAAGUUACAUGUAUUAACCUCCUAUGCGAGUGAAGAAUGUCGUAGUGGAUGUUAUCAUUGUCAUGUAUGCAUUUUCCCUACAUCUUAAAGGACUUGCAAGCUGAGGGAUGUCAACUAUAAGACAAUUGGUAGUUGAGGUAGCAAAGUUUCCAUUUAAAUACUGCGGAUUAGUGUAGCAAGUUCCGUUCACAUAGCCCUAACCUAACCCUGGAGCCAGUUCGUCACCUCCAUUGCAAAACUCGUGUGUCUUAUCGUGUGUAUAUCAAGAGCGUUUCAGUGUUCUUGGCAUUAUUUUACACGAAUCUCUUUUCAAUUUGCCAAAGGUUCUAUUUUUCACGAAUGCCGUGUAUAUUUUCUGUGUUUUGUACAGUAUAGUAUCUAAUGUUUAGAACUGUGUAGUAGUGACUAGUGAGACAAUUCACUUACGUGUGUGAGUCUACAAAAAGGCUUGUUCACUAGUAGUCGAUAAUAUAUGACAUCAUGUACGGUCUGCUAUGACCUCUGAUACAACAGGUAAAGCCUCUGUCACAUAUUCACGAA